AUCUUCUUCCUAAGAUUUGCUUGAUCGCUCUUACCCUUGGGUUGGAUAUGACCCUGGGUUUCCCAGUGUUGAUGAAACAGUCACUGAUUAGAAUGAGAUUUCAGCCAACAGCAAGCCGGGUUCUCUGAUGCAGAGACACAAGCCACCACUCCUAUCCACAGGUUACAUAGUACUACAAGAUUUGUGCUUCUUCAUUUAAAAACAAAAAGUGGACAAUUUGGAGUGUUGAUUCCUUAUAAAAUAAUCAGUUUUUUUACAUCCUACCAAUCUGAAAAGAAGGAUGCAAAAGGCUGGUCAAUAAUCACAGCCAAGAGCCUGAAAAACCCCCAAAUACCGUAUUUCUCAGCCCGUGCAGUGACUUAAUGAACACCGAUUGAAAUUCUGGGUGGGGCAUCGGCAUUUCCAAGGAAGUUCCCAUGGUACCAGCCAUCUAUUUUGAGGAAGUACACCUACACUUUUCACAGAGACUCACUCCUCUCUCUCCUACCUAACAGGCACCAUGUGGUCACAGGUGACGGAAAGGGACAAUGUAAGUUCUCCUGAAGGCUUCAUCCUGGUGGGCUUCUCCGACCGUCCCCUCCUGGAGCUGGUCCUUUUUGUGGUUGUCCUCACUUUCUAUCUGCUGACUCUCUUUGGCAACAUAACCAUCAUCUUGCUUUCAGCUCUGGACUCCCGGCUGCACACACCUAUGUAUUUCUUUUUGGCCAACCUCUCGUUCCUAGACAUGUGCUUCACCACAGGCUCUGUCCCUCAGAUGCUCUACAACCUGUGGGGCCCCGAUAAGACCAUCAGCUACCUGGGCUGUGCCACCCAGCUCUACUUCGUCCUGGCCCUGGGGGGUGUGGAGUGUGUCCUCCUGGCGGUCAUGGCCUAUGACCGCUACGUUGCCAUCUGCAGGCCCCUGCACUACACAGUCAUCAUGCACCCACGCCUCUGUGGGAAGCUGGCUUCCGUGGCCUGGUUGAGCGGCUUUGGCAAUUCUCUCAUAAUGACACCCCAGACGUUGCUGUUGCCCCGCUGUGGGCACCGGCGGGUGGACCACUUUCUCUGUGAGAUGCCCGCGCUCAUUGGCAUGGCCUGCGUCGACACCAUGGCCCUGGAGGCACUGGCAUUCGCUUUGGCGAUCUUUAUCAUUCUGGCACCGCUCAGCCUCAUCCUCACCUCGUAUGGGUACAUUGCGAGGGCUGUGCUUGCAAUCAAGUCUGCUGCCGGGCGAAAGAAAGCCUUCAACACCUGCAGCUCCCACCUAACUGUUGUCUCCCUCUUCUAUGGUACGAUCAUAUACAUGUACCUCCAGCCGGCAAACACUUAUUCCCAGGACCAAGGCAAGUUCCUCACUCUUUUCUACACAAUUGUCACUCCCAGCGUCAACCCCCUCAUAUACACACUGAGAAACAAAGACAUCAAAGAGGCCAUGAAGAAGGUUCUAGGGAAGGGGGGUGCGGACACAUAGUAAAAGGUGAUCAAAUUGGGGGAUUUUAAAAAAUGUUGAUGUAUUUAUUUUUAGAGAGAGGGGAGGGGAGGGAGAAAGAGAGAGAAAUGUACGAGAGACACAUCGGUUGCCUUCCCAGCCUGGAGACCUGGUCUGCAACCCAGGCAUGUUCCCUGACCAGGAAUCGAACCAGUUUUUGGGCUGAUGCCCAACCCACUGAGCCACACCAGUCAGGAUGGAGAUUCUCUCUUGACCUACAUCCUGUAUAUGUUGUUACACCUGGCAAGUAAAGGAAUACUCUGAUGUUAUGGGCCGAAAAGACACCUAAUGAGACAGGGAAUUUGGUGGGCUAGCUGGGCUGAGAAAAUGCAUUGCUCCAGAACUGACACUCACUGACAUUCCUCUCCAGUCCAUCUAAGCCUUUCCUCGCUGGGAGGGCUCCAGUCCCGGCCUCAAUGGUGAGCUCUGCUUGCAAAACACCAGCUGUGAAUGUGGACACCGGGCAUUUCUGCACCUGUGCCAACUUCCAUCACAAUGAUUUGUACUUAGUGGGUCCUCAGUAUAUAUAAAAAGAAGCCACUUAGAAGUAGGAAAGUACUUACUUAUUCUCUGUAGAAAAUUCAAGUGUACUUUUAUAAUAAGUGUCAAAUGCCUGAAUGAGAGGCAAAAUAAAUUGUUCGAUUAUCCAGCACUCGGGACCUCCAACACCAAUGUGGGUCAUGCAGAUUUUUAAUCAUGUAUGUGACUGAUUGUAAUGAUAUUUAUGUUUGACUUUCUGAGGCAAUAAAGAAUGGCAAAGAAAGGGUGAAAGCAAGACCAUGAGGUAUUUGCUUUACAGAACAGGAAGAAUCUAUUGCUUAUAUUCAAUACCUAAUACUCCAUUAGUGACAAAAGAAGACUAAGGGGUCUUCUUGAUUAAAAUGUUUGAAGAUGCUUCAUCUCCACUUUCCCCCAUGUUAUCAGGAUGAUCUUGGAAGGAGGCAGAGAAUUGAGAGUCGAGCUCUGGGGAGCUGUUGGCAUGUUUACGAUUGGGUGACGUCAGCUUCUUCAUGUUCACAUGAGUGACUGCAGCCCCUCCCCAGUCAUAACAGAAAUUGAUUUGAAUGGUUUAUGUCAAACAAAUGAGUCUUAAAGGCAGGCACUCUUCAGGCCUGAAAUAGUAUCUGUUGGAUGAAUUCCAUCUCAUAACCUGGGAAAAUGUGUUACGUUAAAAUUUCUGCAAGUGAAUAAGGAGUCUGACAUUUGAGAGUGCCGCCAGCAGGAUCGUGGGGAACUGGAUGGGCUUAGCAAUUUCUCAUUUAAACUCCUUCAAAAACUGCAAGAAAAUUUAGGUCAGUCUAGAGUCCUCAGAAGACUAGCAAAUACUUAAUAAAUUGUUCCCACAAUAUAUCACUUUCAGAUACACUUCCUAUUUUGAGUACUAAUUCUUAUGCUUGGUUCAGAUAGAAUGGGUUUUAUUUUAGAUUAGUUAGGGCUUGUAGAAAUGGGGUUUUGGUUUAAUUUGCAUUAUAGAAAGCAUUCUGUUAUUUUCUAAAGAAAUGGAAAAAUUAGAACACAGUUGGUUCUUCCUACUUGUAAACUCACAAGAGUUGUUCUGAGUCAUGAUGAUGUUUAUUAAGGGCACAAUUAAUGCAGCCAAUAUCCCAAAUUUGGUACCUCAUAAUGCCUUUUCCACUGAAAAACAACGUAUGUGUCCUACUGGCAUAAAAAGAUGCUAUACAUUUCUAAAUUAGUAAAAAUCCUUUUAGAAUCAAUCUCUAGCAAACAAUGAUUGCAAUAAAUUUGUGUCAUCUCUUUGUUCUUUAAAUAUUACUAUAGAACCAAUAAGAUCUUGGAGUGGGGGCAGGAUAUCAGCAGAAAGCAUAUAAAUUUC